AUGCUUAAUUCUUUCCAAGGCGCCAAAGCACUUUCACAGGUCUUCGGCAUCGAUUGCACGGGGCCAUUUGGUGAUGGCAUUGUUUUCAAAGGCGGAGAAUGGGCCCCGGGCGGCGAGUAUGUGCAACGACUUCGAGUCAAGAACGUCUCAUCAAAGCUAAAGAAGCUCAAGUACCGCCUACCGACGACCAAGUACUUUUCGCUGGCCUAUCCCGAGGUUAUCACUCUCAGCCCGGGAACAAUGCAGGAAGUGGAUGUGGUUUUCCGGCCAGUGUCGAGCGAAGUCUACGAUGACGUCAUCCUCUUCAAGGUCCUGGACGGUCCAAACGCUGGAGGUUUCAACGUUCCUGUUAGAGCGCUCCUCCCGACCUUGCAGGUCGGCAUCCCCGUCGGGUUAGACUUUGGCUACUGCCAAGCGGACGACGUGUCCGAGCUGGUAUUUUUCGUGCAGAAUACGGGAGAGGUGCCUGCACCAAUCCAGUGGACGAUUCCCCCGCCGUUUACGAUGUCCCCAUCGGAAGGGGUCGUAGCCGUCGGCGAGUCAAAGGCCGUGACGUGUUCGAUCAAGCCCACCGAUGCCUCAGUUUUCGUGAGCCAGGCGGCGCUGAGGGUGGGGCAAGGGGUAAACGCCAUCAAGCCCAAGCCCAUAAUGGAUAUGAAGGUAUCCGCUGUCGGCAAGUACUGCUACGUCGUGCCUUCAGAAGACGAAAUAGAUUUUGGAGACCAGACUAUCGUCACAGUGGGGGGAGGAGCGGGGAGUGAUGCACGCGGGGGAAAUCUACGGAAGGACUUCACGCUGAGAAACCAGAGCGUCGUACCGGCAGCAUUCUCCAUCCGUCGGCUGGAGGGGGAUCGCGAGGCCGUGUUUUCGGUGCACCCUUGCGACGGAGUAAUACCGCCGGAGGAUGAAGUAGUGGUGACGGCAACAUACUCGCCCGUCUCAGCGGGCACUUUUUCUAGGGACCACUACGAGGUUGUCACCGUCGGGGGCAACAAGGUUGCGGUUGGGAUCCAAGGCCGGGCAAUCGGGUGUUCUGUUCGGUUGGAAAAGAAGGAAGACCCCUUCGCCAGGGGGUGCGGUGUUCCGGACUCAGUGAACUUCCGUGAAGUGAAAGUCGGUGUGACGACGACACGAGUGAUCAACCUCUACAACGAGUCUUCCACGCCAUGCCGCUACUGUUUCGUCAUUCAGGUGCCGCGACGAUUUUUACGAUAA